CCACAUCUCCCUCCACCAGCUCCCAGGAGACCCGCCCAGCUCAUUCCCUCCAGCGGAGGACCCAUUGCAACCCUUCCCACGGUCCUGUCCUUCCUGAAUUAGAAAAAGAGUGUGCAACGUGGCUAACCUGGGAGGAGUGCGUGACAUUUCAUCUGAAGCCCCCCAGCGCCCACGCCAUGAAGGAGGAGGCCUUCCUGCGGCGCCGCUUCUCACUGUGUCCACCUUCCUCUGCCCCUCAGAAAGCUGAGCCCGGGAGAAUCACCCGGAGCCUGCUCUUCGGAGGAGAGAAUGAGCUGUACCCUCUCAGCCCAGGGAAGGACAUGGAGCCCAACGGUUCGUCGCUGCCCAGGGAGGAAGGGCCCCCAACCCCAGGCUCUGCCACGAAGGUGCCACCGGCAGAGUACAGGCUCUGCAAUGGGUCCGACAAGGGGACCAACAAGGAAUGUGUGUCCCCAACAGCCAAGGUCACCAAGAAGGAAACUCUCAAGGCGCAGAAAGAGAACUACCGGCAGGAGAAGAAGCGCGCCACGAAGCAGCUGUUCAGCGCCCUGACGGACCCCAGCGUGGUCAUCAUGGCCGACAGCCUGAAGAUCCGAGGGACCCUGAAGAGCUGGACCAAACUGUGGUGCGUGCUGAAGCCGGGGGUCCUGCUCAUCUACAAGACUCCCAAGGGGGGCCAGUGGGUGGGCACGGUCCUGCUACACUGCUGUGAGCUCAUCGAGCGGCCCUCUAAGAAGGACGGCUUCUGCUUCAAACUCUUCCACCCACUGGACCAGUCCAUCUGGGCCGUGAAGGGCCCCAAAGGAGAGACUGUGGGCUCCAUCACGCAGCCCCUCCCCAGCAGCCAUCUGAUCUUCAGGGCUGCCUCUGAGUCAGACGGCCGCUGCUGGCUGGAUGCCCUGGAGUUGGCGUUGCGCUGCUCUAGCCUCCUGCGGCUCAGUGCGUGUAAGCAGGGCAGUGACCGGGAGCCCGGGUCCUCGCCAGACGCCUCGCCCUCCUCGCUCUGCGGGCUGCCACCCUCUGCCGCCAUCCACGACCAGGACCUGUUCCUACUGAACGGGUCCUCCCUGGAGAACCACCUGGAGAAUGAUGCUUUCUCAGACAAGUCGGAGAGAGAGGUCCCUGAGGAGUCGGACAACGAGACCCAGGACCACAGCCGGAAGACCAACGAGAGCGGGAGUGACCAGUCGGAGGCCCCUGGGGGCCCAGCGCUGAGAGGGACCACAUACGUGGAACAGGUCCAUGAGGAGCUAGGGGAGCUGGGUGAGGCGUCCCAGGUGGAGACGGUGUCUGAGGAGAACAAGAGUCUGAUAUGGAUGCUGUUGAAGCAGCUGAGGCCAGGCAUGGACCUGUCCCGCGUGGUGCUGCCCACGUUCGUCCUGGAGCCUCGCUCCUUCCUCAACAAGCUCUCCGACUACUAUUACCAUGCGGACCUGCUCUCCAGGGCUGCACUGGAGGAAGACGCCUACAGACGCAUCAAGCUUGUGCUGCGGUGGUACCUGUCUGGCUUCUACAAGAAGCCCAAGGGGAUCAAGAAGCCCUACAAUCCCAUCCUGGGAGAGACCUUCCGCUGCUGCUGGUUCCACCCCCAGACCAACAGCCACACCUUCUACAUAGCUGAGCAGGUGUCCCACCACCCACCCGUGUCUGCCUUCCACGUGAGCAACCAGAAGGACGGCUUCUGCAUUAGUGGCAGCAUCACAGCCAAGUCUCGAUUCUAUGGGAACUCCCUGUCAGCUGUGCUGGACGGCAAGGCCACGCUCACCUUCCUGAACCGGGCAGAGGAUUACACCCUCACCAUGCCCUAUGCCCACUGCAAAGGCAUCCUCUAUGGCACCAUGACCAUGGAGCUGGGGGGCAGAGUGACCAUCGAGUGCAAGCAGAACAACUACCAAGCUGAGCUGGAAUUCAAGCUCAAGCCUUUCUUUGGGGGCAGCACAAGCAUCAACCAGAUCUCGGGGACGAUCACGUCAGGACAGGACGUCCUGGCACAUCUUUCCGGACACUGGGACAGGGAGGUGUUUAUCAAGGAGGAGGGGCGAGGAAGCCCAGAGCUCUUCUGGAACCCGAGCGGGGAGGUCCGAGAGCAGAGGCUGAAGCGACACACGGUGCUGUUUGAGGAGCAGACGGAGCUGGAGUCCGAGAGGCUCUGGCAGCAUGUCACCAGGGCCAUCAGAGAGGGUGACCAGCACAAGGCCACACAGGAGAAGUUCUCACUAGAGGAGGCUCAGCGGCAGCGGACUCGCGAGCGCCAGCAGAGCCUUGCGCCCUGGACACCCCAGCUAUUCCACCUGGACCCCGCCACCCAGGAGUGGCGCUACCGAUACGAGAACCACAGCCCCUGGGACCCCCUGAAGGACAUCGCCCAGUUUGAGCAAGACGGGGUUCUGCACACCCUGCAGCGGGAGACCAUGACCCGCCGGACACGCUUCGUGGGCAGCCCGGGGCCCAGGUGCCAGGGAACUGGCCCAGACCUGCGGCUCCGCAAGGCCAGCGACCAGCCCUCUGGCCACAGCCAGGUCACCGAGAGCAGCGGCUCCACGCCCGAGUCCUGCCCAGAGCUCUCGGAGGAGGACGAGGAUGGUGACCUCGUGCCCGGGAGCAAGAGUGCGUGCCCUCGGUGUGGGAAGGAGGCAAGGCGGCUGCAGGCGCUGCACGAGGCCGUCCUGUCCAUCCGGGAGGCCCAGCAGGAGCUCCACAGGCACCUCUCGGCCAUGCUGAGCUCCUCGGUGAGGCCCAGGCAGGCGCCGGCCCCAGGCCUCAUGCAGAGCCCCCGCUCCUGGUUCCUGCUCUGCGUGUUCCUGACAUGUCAGCUGCUGAUUAACUCCAUCCUCUCCUAGGGCCCUGUGGGGUGGCGUGGCCAUCACCUGCAGAACUCGGCCGGUCCCCCGCCCCUCCCAGGCACGAGCACUUUCAACCAGCCCUGGGGAGGCGGAGAGCCACCGAGAGCACAGCUGCUGUGGACAGAAGGGCCCACGGCAGCAGGAGGACAGCAGGAGGGACCUAGGGCCCCCGGCUCCUUUUGGGGAGGUACUGGCCUCCUCUGUGGGGCCCUCCGCCCAGCACUGGCCUUAAUGCUCAAGCCAAAUGCUGCUUUUGACAUGUGACAGGCUCCCUGGUCAUCUGGCCUCGUCAUUCCCAGUCCAGCUUCCACUUGGGACUGAUGGAGGCAGGGGGAUAGGUGUCCUGCCAGGAUUCGACAGUCACUCCCCGUCAGGGGUGAGUGAGGGAGGGGUUGAGGAGCAAGCCAGGAAUCCCCAGGGGUCCCCAGAGCCUCCUGGGUCCUGAUGCACAGGCUGUCUCUUCCUGAGACCCUGCCCAUGUCGCCCUGAGGGGGCCCUGGUGGGACAGUGGGUCUGCUCUGAGCGGGCUGUGGAGGUUUUAUUCUGCCAGUGUGCUGUUUGCUCGGGCGCCCAGUAUAUACCUGUGGAACCCGCUGCACCUCCCCCAGCCUGGCCGGGACAAGGCGGGAGAGGCGCAUGCGCAGGCAGCUUGGCAGGCUGAGGGUGGGGCCAGGAAGUCCCAAAUUGGCCACUUUGUCCCACUGAUGCGUCGUCUUCUGGUCUACACUUUUUUAAUAAACGCAAUUGCAACAUCUUAGGGUGGCACCAAGCAGUGUCUGGUGUCAGGCCUCCGUUCCUGUGUCAAGUGCCGUCUGUGUGUGUAUGUGUGUGUAAGUGUAUGUGUGUGUAAGUGUAUCAGUGUGUGUGUUUGUGUGUGUAU